AUGUCCGUCGCCUCGAUGCCCGGGACGACGCUGACGGCGACCACGUUCCGCGGCCGCGGCGUCGAGCGUCGCGCGAUGACGUCGACAAGAUCAAGGUGCCGAUCGUCGUCGACGCGCGUCGUCGCGCUCUUCGAUAGGGUACGCGCCGCCACCGUAUCGUCCAAGGCGCAGGCGCCCCCGCUGACGUCCGCCGACGUCACCCCGGGCCAGGGCGCGGGCUCCCCGAAGUGGCCGGAGAUCCACGACCGUUGCCUCGCCAUGGGCGUCAAGACGGUGGAAGCGGCCGACCUCCCAUCCGUGGUUUCCGAUCCGAGGCGCGCGAUCCUCGUGGACGUCAGGCAGACGAUCGAGUACGACGAAUGGCGCGUUCCUCCCGCCGUGAACGUCCCGUACGCCAUCCCGGAUCCCAACGUCAUCCGCAGGGCGGUCGGUUACGCCAUAAGCAUCAAGGGCGGCCUGAAAGUUCGCAAUCCCGAGUUUGUGCAGGCGCUUCGAUCCGCCGCGACCGCGCGACUCUCCUCGCGACGCGCAGAGGACGGCGUCGUCGUGCUCAUCGACACCAAGGGCGGCGACCUGACGUCACCUCCCGUGCGGGAAGGCAGCGGGCAGCUCGAUCCCACCGACUCGCAGUGCCUGCGCGCGGCGUUCGAGCUCAAGCAGGCGGGGUUCAAGGACGUGCGAUACGUUCGGGGCGGGCUGCCCGGCGCGAUCGACGUCGCGGGGAUGCGCUACGAGAGCGAGAAGUGGGGAGGUUUUUUGAACUGGCUGGACGAUACCGGGCAAGGGAAACGGAGACGGCUGCUGAUGUACUCCAGGUUGCUCCCGGAUCCCACCAACUUGCCGGGCGUUCUCGGUCAGCUCGCCGUGUUUACGUUGAUCGGACUCGCGUAUUACGACGUGGGAGGCGUCGGGUCCUGGGCGGCGACUAGCGUCCCGGGCGCGUGUUCGCUGCUGCCCGUGUGCCUGUGA